ACAGUCGAGUAAUAUCUUUAUGUAUAUUAUUAAUACUGUAAUUCCACCUUUUGUUGCAAAAUUUGAACUAUAAACAUAUUACAGCCAAACCGGAUGUUCCUUUCCCUUCAAUAUUGCAACAUUGCUCAGCAAUGUUGCAAUAUUCCUUCGGUAAUUGGCUGGAGCAACUACCAAUCAACGCGGGCAAUUUGCAACUGACUUGGCGCCCAAAAUUUGAGUGUCAACUACAAGGGUUUAUUUUAAAUUUAUAUACAGUACCGGUAUUUAUAUCAGUUAUAUUUAGGCUAUAUGCUAUGUCGCAUGUCCAGAAAACCAAAAUUGCUUCGUUACCCGUUCGUAAGCGAAUGUUAAAUCUUUGGCUGGCUGGAGAAAGUUUUUCAGCUGUUGCUUCUCGCACUGGUGUCACAUCGAAGACUGUCUCAAAUAUUGUAAGACAGUUCACAGAGCGCGGUCAUUUGUUCCCAUUGAAGCCUGGCGGAAAAGAAAGGCAAAUUGCUACUCCCAUUGUUGUAGAAUACAUCGAAUUCCAAAAACUUUCCAAACCCAGCAUUACCGCUUUCGAGAUACAAGUAGCACUAAUGAACGAUGGUGUAUGCAACUUGGAAAAUUUGCCGUCGAAAUCGACUAUCAGCGAUGUGCUCAGGAAAGAUUUAAAUUUUACUUUUAAAAAGUUAAAAGUCGUGCCACAAGAGUCCUUAAACGAACAGAAUCAAGUAAAAUCAAUAGAGUACGCGAUGUUAAUGAGCCAAGUUGAUCCAUCGAGGGUACACUUCUUUGAUGAAUCAUCGGUUAAAAGAACGACAGGCAAUCGCCAUUAUGGGCAUGCUAAAAGGGGGAAGCGAGCUAUAGAAGUUAAACGUUACGCGUCCGAUUGUAACUACACUAUAAAUUUAUUGCAAAGCAGAUUUGGCAUAACCCACUACAACUUGCUAGAAGGAGCAUCAAAUGGUUUGGAAAUGUUACAUUUUUUCCACGAAAGCAUGCAAGUUGUAGAUGAGUUUUACGGAAAUCCUGUGUUAGCACAUGGGGACAUCGUCGUAAUGGAUAACUGUCGGUUUCAUCACGGACAUUUUGCGGAGGCAGAAUUGCGAAGAAUGCUUGGCCAAAGAGAUAUAACUCUGAUAUUCCAACCUCCAUAUUCUCCCGAAUUUAACCCUUGCGAGUUUAGUUUUAGUGUUAUUAAGUCGUUUCUCAGAAAGCAUGAAAAUUUUGCUUUAAACUUUACUGAACUCGCAAUUCUUCGCGCUUUAGAAGUUAUCACUCCAAACAUGUGCACAAACUUUUUCAGGCACUGUGGAUUUUUAGUUUAAACAUAUACGAUACUCGAUAGCUAAUUAAACUGUCUAUCAUAUAUCUAAACUACGUUAUAAUAUAGAAAUAACGUUACUAUAAUGUGUUUAAGCGUUGUUAAUUUUUGGUGUUGGUCUUGAACGAGUUGUAAGUAUUUUGCAAAUUCCAGUUGAAAUUUACAUACUAUACCUGCUUCUUUCGAUUGGGUUCCAUUUGGAUGCGAAUUUUUGUAUUUUUUGUCACAAAAUAAUCUAUUUUGAAUGUAAUCCAUGAUUGUUCCGUUACAUGCGUGGCUACGCCCAUUGAACCCAUGGCCAGCGAACGAAAAUAUGUCUGAUUUACU